UUGGGGACACUUCUCAGCAACACUUUAUCACUCCAUCGUGGAAACUACCUGAAUUUUAUUCCUUCAGUAGAUCAGCUUGCAAAAACACUUUACCUUAUUGUUGCUCAGCUCAUUGCCAAGGCACAGUUUGAAAGGGCUCUGGAUCAUGCUAAUGACCUACAUAAAUUCAUUCAGCUUCUUAAGGUAUGGAAGAGCUACGACAGCGAAAAGGUGGAGAAGGAAAUUGGAUCACUUUGUUUACGUUCAUCUGAUUUGUUUCUUCAAGGAGCUGGGAAGCUUGAGGAGGCAAAAGUACCUCCAGGGGAAAGACCAUCUCACUUGUAUGUUGUGUUAGACUGGAGAAAGCUCUCAUUACUCUUUCAAGCCGAAGCAAAUGCACAUUCUUCACUAAAAUCCUUAGUAGAUAGAACUCUGAAAUGUGGUACAAAAUAUCAAGUCGAUUGUGGGCCAAAGAAUGUUGAUUUUAAAACCUUAGCAAGCUUCUAUGAAACCAUUAGUAGUGCACUCAUGAACAAGCAAGAACAACUAAUUGCAAAUGUACAAAAAUUUACAGUACUCUUAGCUGAACUUGGAUUUCAUUAUGGCAGAAUUUGUAAUAAGGCUGGAAACUCAACAGAAGCUUUGGCCGUGUUUGAUGAACUGUUGAAAACUGCAGGAAAUGAAAACCAUUGCAAAAAUGGUCAUUUUAAACUACAAAUACCUCCACAAGUUUGUUGCUGUGUGUAUUUAGUCUGCAAGGCAGCUAUUUUCUUGAACUCUACUUUAAAAUCUCAAACUCAAGAAUCUCUUCAGCAGAUGUUAUUCGAAAGUAACCGGCUAAUCCCCCAGAUCUUGAAGUGUAGCACAUUACCUUCACCAAUGUUAAAACCACUUUCAGACUCCCUGGAGUACUUCAGAAUUAAUUUGCAAAAUGAAAGUAGCAAAAAGAGUAAGGAGAAAUCACCCACUCUUUCAUUGAAGACUCUGCAAGGAACAGUACAAGUGCAAGUCUUACAUCUCAGUCUCAUCUUUGCAGUGCGAGCAGCUUAA